AUGACUGUCCUCACCGAGUCUGAGAACCAGGAACUCCAACGAAAGAUUGAGCGACUGGCCAACGCGCUCAUCACAUCCGAUCAGCCAGACGAGUGGAAGCAGCACUUCCGCACCGAUACCGACCUCCAAGGAAUUAAGUCACUGCUUGCCCAGAAGCGUGCUCGUCUGAGCUACGCCCCCCUCCGCGAAUGGCAACAGAACGAAGCCACUUCCGCACUCGCCCAGGUUGAGACGUGCAUCCAAAAGAUGGAAGUGAACCAUACCAGUUCUUCCUACGUCUGCUCUGUUGUCAAGGACUCCGUCACCACAGUUCUGAACACCACCCUCGAAGAGGUCAGGAGAGGCGAGAUCUUCACUGGCCCAUCUGGGUCUGCUCUGCAAGCCGCUGUCGUGAUGAUCAACAAGCAGGACAUCCUCGACGCCGUCUUUCAGAGAGCCAACCUUGAUGCACUCGACUCUGAAAUCACCAUCAAGAAGCAUGUCGUUGCCGCCCUCGCAGGCUUGGUGCAGAGAGAGAUGGUGAGAUCUGUCGACAGCCUGUCCGGAUACUGA